CUGGUACAGGAACGCUCGCUUUUGAACAUCCGCAAAGUUGUUCGAGAUCAAGAUGGCAGACAUGGACGUUGAUACUCCUGCACCUUCCAAAAAGGAAGCAAAGGAUGACGGGAAGCAACGAUUCGAAGUAAAGAAGUGGAAUGCAGUAUCUCUUUGGGCAUGGGAUAUCGUCGUCGACAACUGCGCUAUAUGCAGAAAUCAUAUCAUGGAUCUUUGUAUCGACUGCCAGGCAAAUCAGGUAUCAGCAUCUACAGACGAAUGUAAUGCUGCAUGGGGGAUUUGCAACCACGCAUUCCAUUUCCACUGUAUCUCACGUUGGCUCAAGACGCGCAAUGUAUGUCCGCUGGAUAAUCGUGAAUGGGAGCUCCAGAAAUACGGACGGUGAUCGUGGCAUGUCCAACUCCUUUACAUCCACGUCUUGUUCCAUUACUGUAAGAUGUCGUUAUUCAUCCACUGUAUCAAUCAUAGAAAUACUUUCAUGUCGCAUUGCACCAAUCUCUUGGAUGAACAAACAUUGUUUAAGCUGUCUGAAAGACAGUAA